GGAGUAUUCUCCGCCCUACAGCACCGCGAAAUUGAGGAAAUUUGCCCUGGCUUCCUGUUCUAUCAUUCGUCGGACCAGGCUGGCCUACCUACCCAUCUACAGACCACAGGCUACCGACAGAAGAGAAGCUGACGGCAUCCAUCUCCCGACAAUACCUGUACCUGACCUGUACAUGAGGUGAUUUUGCUGAGAAAAAAGGGUGACAUCACGCAGCACUGUCGCUUCACUCACUUUCGGGGACUCAGGCCAUGAGCAUGAGCGAGAUUAUUUCACGGGAUUACCUGAUCAUUGCGCCGCUACCUUAAAUCAAAUCGCUCUUCUGGGACCAGGGUACUCUCUCACCUGCAUGGGGAUCCCUCCACCCGGACUUGCGACAUGGCUUCCGCUUCAGCGUUCACGGGAGUACAUGAUGUCGCCGAAAACAAUGCCCAGCGACGAGAGAGGGCGGCGAUAGCUGCCCAGGCAUGCCAGACGUGUCGUAGCAGAAAGAGUAAAUGUGAUGAGCAGCGCCCGAAAUGUGGUCUAUGCCGCAGGCUCGGCGUGGAAUGUGCCUACAGAGAGCCGCUGCCGACCAAAAAAGACAAGACGAUGGUACAUAUUCUGGACACACUGACCCGACUCGAAAACAAAUUCGACAACCUUGCCCUCGUAACGGGCAGUCAUUCCAGCACGAGCACCCCGGAGACGACAGUUACGCCCGGUCAUCCUGCUUCGACCAGCACAUCCAGUUCCUCUCGAGCCCACAAGUCUCGCCACAGUACUGGAACACCCAGAUUCCCCACCGAGCUACAGCAAGGCUAUCAGCAUUUAACCGUGCCGCACAAGAUCAUCCUGUGGCCGAGCAUAUAUAUCCACCUCAUCAACUCGGGAAUCAGCGCCGCCUCCGAUUUGCAACAUGUCCUCCAGGAGGGCACCCCGUGGUUCAUUCGGCAGGAAAUGCGCAGCCAUCGAGACCUGCUUUCCACUGAGCCGGGACUGCAAAGCUACUAUAUUCAGGGAUAUAGUCCUGGACAAAGUCAUCCUCCACGCGUCGGCUUCCACGCUUUGACGAGCACACGCAUUCACGAGUAUUGCGACGCAUACUUUAACACAUUCAACAUUCUGGCCCCCGUGCUCAAUAGAGACACGUUCGUGUCCGAAACUCUCAGUCACGUCGUACAGUACGGGUUUGCCGAGGACGUGGGGAGUGUACUGGCACUGGUGGUGCUCGCAUUAGGGCAGGUUGCCUCGGAGGGUGUCUUUGAGCAGCCCAUCAGCGCUGUGAACGGCAUUGCUAGCGGGUUUCGAGGCGGCACUCUGGACCGUCCACCGGGGCUAGAGAUCUUUAAUGAAGCUCGCCGCAGAGUGGGCUUCAUUGCAACACAGAUGAGCUUGGAGAACGUACAGAUUAUGCUCCUCCAAGGGACCUAUCACGAGGCUACGGCCAACCACCUGGAUUUCUGGCGGGCUACAGUGACGGCCUCGAUGGCCUGUCAAGUGCUCAUCAAGUGCCAGACGAUUGAUUGGCAAUCUCACUAUGGUGACCUCCUGAAACGAGCCUACUGGACCUGUGUGCUGAGCGAGGAUCUGUUCCACUUGGAUCUCGACCUACCGCAGAGUGGCAUUCAGACAUUCGAGGAUAUCGUGCCCCUGCCAUACUUCAUCGAGGGCCAAGACAUGCACACUCCCGGCUUCCCGGUACAGGCUGUCGGUGUACAGACGGCAGAAGACCGGGACCGUUCACACUUUCAGUACCACUUCCUGGCAAUGAUUGCCCUGCGGAGGCUCAUCUCUCGCAUCCACGAAGUCAUCCAUGAAUCAUCCACGACGCAGCCCGAGUCUUCCGACGGCUAUGGUGGGCCGCCUCUCACUGUCAUCCGAGAAAUGUCCCGUCAGCUCGAGUCGUGGCGUUCGUUGUUGCCACGCCCACUCCAAUGGCAGGACAAUGAAAAAUUGGAGUUUCCCAACAUUGACGUGGGCAGCCGCAGACCGAACGAGCCCUUAUUCAGCCCUGAUCAAGGGCCUGUACCCAUUGGUCACAAAUAUAACCUCGACCUGGUCACUGCUCAACUGCGCACCCGAUUCUACUAUGCACGAUUUAUGAUGUAUCGGCCAUUCGUCUACAAAGCACUCCAUUUCCCGGAAUUGAUGGACGCAGAGGAUGAGUACUGUUGUGGGGUUGCCAUCAAAGCUGCACUCCUCUGGCCCAUUGCAUUGGCUCCGCCCAAGAACAAGAAGCGACUCGUUCCCCAUCUCUACGCCUGGACGCAGAACUUUCUGGGCAUCCUGCUCAUUUUGCGCAUGACGACGGAGAACGAAUGUCUGAGGCAGAUUUGCGAAGAGCAUGUCGAUCGCGAUGACAUUCACAAGACUGUGGCGUUGAUGCUCGAGUGGUUUCGAGACGUUCGACAAGUGGAUGGCAUUGCAGAGUGGAGCUGGCAGAUACUGGAUCCCCUGUACUCGGUCCAUAAUGGCCAAGAGUAUGAAUAGUCCCCCUUUCCAAGCGCGGAGAGGAGCCUGGAGCUCAUCUCCUACAGACAUGGCGACGGGCUACAGCACGGUAGAAGAACAUCGACAGUAUUUCCUUCUCGCAGACAGACGCGAAGCAAUGCAAGAACCGACGCGAGAUAUGUAGAUAGACAGAAGUGAUAGUGAACAUAGACGCGACGCCAAGCAAUAUUCAG